AUGGGCCUCAAUCAAUCAAUUGAUGACCUGAAUAGAACAAAAACGUUGGCAGCUUGUUUUUUAAGUAUGUCAAGACCUUUUAGUUUCACUUCAGUGAUCUCAAAAACAGGAACCUUGUGUUUGCCACUAUUCCAGUUGGUGCUCUCGGACCCGCUGUGUGAAGAAAAUGAAACGUGCAUAAACUAUAAAGAUCAAUACCCAAAUGGCUGGUAUAUCUGGCUCUUGCUGCUGAUAUUCCUGAUGGCUCUUCUCUGUGGAGCAGUGCUUUUCUGCCUCCAGUGCUGGCUGAGGAGACCCCGAAUGGGUUCCCAAAGACACACCAUGGCUGUUUUUGCUGUUGGAGACUUGGACCCUGUCUGUGGGACGGAAGCAACUGUGAGUCCAACUGCUGGAAUUCACCAUCAAACUCAAACUCCUGAACUGUAUCCUGUUUCAUGCUUUGGCAUGUUAGGCCCUCCACCUCCAUAUGAAGAAAUUCUGAAAUCAAGCCGAUUUUAGAUCUGGAUCAUCAGUUGAAAAUGAAACAGCGCAUAAAACAUUAACCAGCUUAGAUUAGUUUUGCUUCUUGAAAUCAGGUUACUUUAAUCAAACCUUGCUCGAUAACAGAGACGGCACUGUGCAUGUGCCAGGUGGGAACCCAUAGCCCCAGGACAACCCAGGAACCAAGAAUCUUCAGAAAUGUUGCCACUGGAGUCCUAAAGUAAGAAGAACUUCAGUAAGGAAAAUCCAGUUUCCAGCAGCCCAAGAAGCUUGAUUACUAGCCAAUCAGCUUACAUAGACCCAGCUACAGUUUAGAAGCUCCCAACUCCUUAAAUUUCACCCCAACCUUGGAUCAGGAAAACAGGUUUGAGAGCUUUGCCUCCUGUCUCCCUGCCAGUCGACCUUGCAAUAAAGCUCUUUCUUUUAUCAAAUGCCAGUGCCAUAGUAUUGGCUUCUAUGUGCAUCAGGUAGUGAGCCCUUGCUGAGUAACAAAAUUAUAAGAAACAUUUUUAACUCCAAAACAUGAAAAUUUAGGAACAAUUCUUUAAUUUUGUGAGAAUUCCCAGAGAUCAAUUAGCAUGGUCUGAAAAAGGACAAACAGAUGAAAGAAGAAUGAAAGUUAGGAAAGAAUUUGGGUCAGGGAGGUAUUUCAGCAGUAAGUUAGUGGACCCUUAGUGUAACACCGCUGGGUUACACUUUCAUGCUACAUAACGAAGUUACCGUUCCUCCUCAGUACUCAGAUAGGCAGUAGUUAGUGCUGGGAGUAGUCUCUACUAAGUUUAGGAUUCCACUCCAGUACACACCACAGCUUUCUCUGCCUCAAUAUCUCUGUUUUAACCUGACCUCUCUCCUACUACAGAGUUAACAAAAAUCAUAAUUUAGCAGUGGCCCAAGCGUAAAUUCAGACAUGUCCAGACUCAGAACCAGAAAGAGAAUAUUUAAGUUAGGAUGAGGGAAGAGAGUAGGAAGAUGGAUCACUUGUAGUUGAAGGAUGACUAAAGAGGAAGAGCACAAGUCUCAGUCCAAGGAGUUGUUUGUUUCAGCCUGAGAAGGGAGAAAAUGUAGAUGGAAGAUGGAGGAGAUUAUUUAAGCAGUGGGGCAUGUGUAAUGUCAGAAGAAGGAGAAGGCUCCCCAUGCGGGUGAAUGCAGAAUCCGGAGCCCACAGCCCUUCUCUGAUGCCUCGAGGCUUAGCGUUUCUUGGAGAACCAUGAUGAGAUCCCCUUGGCACAGACACCAACUUCUUAGUGAGAACACUGACUCCUCUGCACCAACAGUGAGACACCAUCACACUGGCCAUGAGAAAGGGGACCAGGAAAAGAAAUCCAUGGCAGAUGCCAUAUGGUCUUCAGCUGACAAAUUUGUUGAACAAAACAGUUGACAUCUCCAUUUGUUUGUCUAAUAGACCUCUCAAAUUUAACUUGACCAAACUUAUCUCCUAAUCUUCUUUUCCCAGCCUUGUUGAUCCAAACCUUCCUCACCUCGAUUGAUGGAAACAGUCACCUUCCAGUUGCUCAGACCAAAGAACUUGGAGUCAUCCUUGAGUCCUCACUAUGUGUCAUUUCUUACAUUCAUUUUGUCAGGAAAUGGCUUGCCUUGGCCCUCCCUUCAAAACAGGUCUAGAUUCUAAGCAGAUCUUACUGCAUCUCUGGUGUGAGCCACUCACUGGCAGUUCUUGCCUGGAUUACUGCAAUAGCAUCUAAAUGGUCCAUUUGCUCCCAGCUUUGCCCUCCUGUAUCCUAUUUCCAACACAACAGCUAGAGUAAUCUUCUUCCAACAUAAAGAGAAUCAUGUCCCUUAACUAAAUUCCAUCUCGCUCAGAGAAAAUAACAAAGUCCUCGACACGUGGCCCUGUAGGAUCAGUACCUCUCUCAGGUCUCCUCUCUUAUGACUCUCACCCUUACUCAAUUGCUCCAGGAACAGUGUCCUCAAACCUCCCAGGUGUCAUCCUACCCCCAUCUGUCCUUUUGGGCCUUAGUACUUGCUGUUACUUGUUGUUCCCCCAGAUAUCAACAUUAUUUCACCCCUUCACCUCCUCUAAGUCUUUGUUCAAAAGUCGCCUGCUCCAUGAGGCCCACCCUGAUUACCCUGCUUUAAAUUGCAACCUCUGCCAACCUUGGCCCUUCCAUCUCCUUGUCUCAGACACACUUUUCCUUUUUCCAUAGCACUUAUCAUUUUCUACUAUGCUACAUAGCUGAAUUCUAUUGAUAAUCUGAUGCUUGUCUUCCCUUGCUAGAAUGUAAAUCCACGAAGGGAGGGAUCUUUGUGUUAUCCACUGAUUUUUACCUCAAGCAUCUAAAAUAAUCUGGCACUUAAUAUGUAUUCAAACGAAUCUUGUAAGUAAUGUUCCCUAGUUCUGGAAAUUCCCAAAAAUGACUGGAUCAGAAUUUGAUGGCGUGAGGCCUUUUGAAAGUGAGUGUGAGUAGGAGCCAGAGAUAGCUGCUUAGUGCGGUUAAAAUAACCUCAUUAGUAUCCACUGAUGAAAGAGGCUGAGGGAGCUUGUGUUAAUGUACCCUAAUAAUCCCCGAUGUCUGUGUUGGGGGGCUUUAGGGGGUACACACUGCUUUCAGAUUUUAUUCUCACAACAAUUUUGUAAACUGGUUAUUCCCAACUUCAAGUUAUAUGUGGUAGACUGAACAUCUCCACUCUGUUUUGAAAUCUGAUACGAUUACAGUAAAUGAGUAAAAAUGUCUUUAAUUCACAAGAACAAAGAGAGUGGCAAGAAGAUGACAAAGAAAAUUAGCAGCAAGAUUUUAGUACAUGGAAAGAUGUACGAGAUGGAUACAGCUGGAUAAAUCGUCAUUGACUGGGGUUUCAGGUUUCUCCAUUUUGCUAUGUGUCUCCGAGGAAGAAACAGAAUAAUCAAGCAAAUUCAUGCUGUAGCAAUGCAGAAAGGCUCAAGAAUUAGAAGCAGGAGAGGUGAAGAGAAUUCUGGAAAUGAGGAUGAACUUAACCUACAGAAAGAUAGCAUUGAAGCCACCCAGAGAAGAGGCCAGUUCCAAUCAGAACAUGACAACAAAUAGCUGUAGGAGGGAAAGAGGGAUGAUUAAGGAAAAAUGUAUAAUGAAAACGUGGUAAUAAAUUAGUGAUUGGUAAAUGGAAAGUGGAGAAACUGAAAAAACGAGGCAAUUAUAAAUCUAUGAAAAACAAAAGUUGGAUUAAUCCCCCCAAAAUGGUUAAGCUAUGAGUAAUGUACCUAAUAUUGAAUUUUAAAAUGGGAGUUAUUUAUAUUGACAAGCUAUGCAGAGGGGUAAGUGUGUACGGGGGAAGGUGGCAGGAUAUAAUAAGAAAGCUAAAUCCUAAUCUCAGAUUGUGGAAAGUCUGUGAAUAACAUCUAAAAUUAAAAGAAAAAUCAAGAAAUAAUGUUAAAGUACAUCAUUUGAAAAUUAGGUCAUAAAUAUCUGAAGCAAAACACUAAGAGCUGAAAAUUAUUGCCUCAAGAAAUAGGACUUGGAGAUAAUGCUAUGUGAGAUCAGGUAGAAGAGAAGUGCUACUUUUUAUCAUGAGCAUAUAGUACUAUUUGACUUCGUUUUUUUUCUUUUUGGUGAGGAAGAUUGGC